UCCAGCCCUUCAGACCGCACGGAGAGCCGCGGACUGAGGCAGCAGAUCCUCCGUCUCCCUGCUAGAUUUUCAGCCUUUGCACUUUGUUUUCAGGGUCGCAGGUAGAAGAGUGUCUCAGCGGGGACCUCUGGACGCUUUCUGGACAACAUUAAUUAACUUCCAUCUCCGGAAAACAAGUGGAUUUUAACCCGCUGUGGAGCAGCGAGGAGGUUUGGAGGAUGAACCCUCAGUGCGCCCGCUGUGGGAAGAUCGUCUACCCGACGGAGAAAGUCAGCUGCCUGGACAAGAACUGGCAUAAAGGAUGUUUCCACUGCGAGGUUUGUAAGAUGACCCUGAACAUGAAGAACUACAAAGGCUACGACAAGAAACCCUACUGCAAUGCACAUUACCCCAAGACGUCGUUCACCAUCGUGGCCGACACACCAGAGAACCUGAGACUGAGACAGCAGAGCGAGCUGCAGAGCCAGGUGAAGUAUAAGAAGGAUUUUGAAGAGAGUAAAGGUCGAGGGUUCAGCAUCGUGUCCGACACUCCAGAGAUGCAAAGACUCAGAAGGACUCAGGAGCAGAUCAGUAUUGCGAAGUACCAUGAGGACUUUGAACGGGCGCGCGGCCGAGGCUGUACGCCAGGUAUGGACGAUCCCAGCAUGGAGCGCUACCAGAGGGCCAAUCAGAUGAUAGCAGAGGCGGGAUACAGCAAAGGGAUCCACCCCCAGGGGAUGGAGCUGGACAGACGACCAGGAGGCAUCAUCGUAGACCUGAAGGUGUGGAGGACAGACCCCGGCUCCAUCUUUGACUUUGACCCUCUGGAGGACAACAUCCAGUCUAAGAGCCUGCGCAGGAUGUCUGCUCCUGUCCUUCCUGGAGCGUAUCAUCAGGGCGUCCAGAUGCAGCCGCAGCAGCAGUAUCACGGCUACAUGCACCAGACCAGCAUGUCGUCCGUCAGAUCUGUCACCUCCCCGCCGCACUCAGCCUCGAUGCGUGUUUACCGGGCGUUGUAUGACUAUGCGGCUCAGGACCACGACGAGGUCUCGUUCAGGGACGGCGAUGUCAUCGUCAACGCUCAGCCCAUCGACGAGGGCUGGAUGUACGGCACCGUGCAGCGAACCGGCAAGUCUGGCAUGCUGCCGGCAAAUUACGUGGAGUGUUGCAACUAAAGGAAAGAGGGAGGUAGAGAGAGGAGACGGAGGUCAGGAGGUGGUAAAAUGUAAAGAAUAAAAUCACUGUUAUAACAUCAGCGGUUGGUGAUGUUCUUUGCAUUUCAGGGAUCAUUUACAUGUUUAAUGUUUCUCCUUCCUGUGGAAAACAAAUGUAGACAAAGUGACGUUGAAUCCAGAUGUUCAAAGAUGUCAGUCAUUGAGUAUCAAAAACAUCAUCUUUUAAAAACAGCAUGCAACAAAUAAAAGUGAGCAGUUUCCACUUCCACAGGAGCAGGAAGUAGACCAGAAUGCAAAGCAGAGUGUGUUAUGAUUAAGGGAGAUGGUCUAGACAUUUAUUUUUCCGUCCAUUUUCCCACCUUUAAUCAAAAACCAGUUCCUGCUUCUUCUCUGGGUAAUAUUGAAAUGUUUUCUGGGAAACGUAGGCAAUCCCUCACUAAAGCGGUAGAUAAGGCUUUCUGAGGGAAAGUGGAUUCACCCCAUACAAGGACAAUUAAAACGAUAAAUUACAGAAAAUCUACUGGAAUACACAGGACAUCACACGCUGCUGAUAACCAAGUGAGAUUUUCUAAUGUUAAAGAGGAAAGGAAAGAAGGUAUAAAUCUAGCAUGCUGUCGAUAAGUUAGUCAAAUUUUACAAUUGGAGGAAGGACAUAUGAAGAAAGAAGGUAUGAGAGAUUGGAAGCAUCUGUAAUUUAUGUGAAUGACCUGCAACAAGUUAGACUUAGACCACUCAGAUUUCAGCAAUUUGACCAGAAGAUUAACAGCUGAAAUAAGUAAGUGAACAAAACAAAAACAUUUCAGUCUGAUUAUUAUCAGACUAGGCUUCAUACUAGUUUGAAAUAUAAGUCUGGUGAUAUUCUAAAUUUUUCCUCUUGUCAUUAAGCCUGACAAAUUAAAAGACAAAACCAGCAAUGAAUGGAUCUUCUAAAAAGUCCUGUGUGAACUACUGAUUUCUCUUUUGCCCCAAAUACUCACUAGAGCACCACAUGUGGAUUCAUCCACCGCUGAAAAUAGUUCCCAACAAAUGCUCUAUUUCCUCCUGUUUGUUUGUUUGUGAGCAGCUGUUUUAGGAAAUUACUAAACCUGAGACUAUAUAUUACAUCUUCAGUAGGAACCAGUGGACACAUUGUUGGCUUUGUUUUUUUGAUUUUUUGACAAUAAGAAAAUAUUGAAUAACACCGGAAUAAUCCUUUAAAGAUGGCGGAGGAAACGGAGAAAAGCAGAGGAAGGAAACACAUUAGGAUCUAUCUGUAAGAAAUGAGUUUGAGAACAAGGAAGUGGGAGAGAGAGAAGUUCCUUUUUUGUAGGGGGGGGGGGACGAUGCAACCAAAGGAAAGAGGGAGGACAGAGGAGAAGAAGUUCAUUUUUAGAAGUCUCUCUAGUUUAAUCUUUUAUUUAUCCAGAGUUUUACUUCAUGUUCAGGUGAGUGUAGUUUAGUUUUUGACUUCUGCUAUAAUCUAUGGAAAGACAGAAAGACCACACGGCACAGCUUCAGUUACAAACAGCAACACUAACGUCUGUGUUUUGUAAAGGACUUAACUAACACACUGUGUCUUUAUGUUCCUCCUAUCAAAAUGAUUUGUUUUUAUUUUAUUUAACUCUGUGCUGUCCAGAUAAUUUAACCUCCACGUGCAGUUUAUAUGGACAGAAAUCUGAACAGACUGUGUGAGUACGUUUGUCGCAGACUAUUUUGAUACACGGGCUCCAUGUCUAUGUUUUUGGAAAGCUAUAUUUUACUCUUCCACCUGUAUGUAUCCAGUGAGUUGUGUGUUUUUAAGGUUUGUUGUCUUGCUGUGUGGAUUGCAUCCCGAUCAUGUGUUGAAUAAAAACUUGGAGAGCA